AGAGGCCAUCUUACGGCGGACCACAAGGAAGAGAUCCACGAGUGCUGCUGCCUCGAAACUUGGACUCGCAGUUUUGAGUUCCGCCCUCGGUCGGGGUUUUGACUCUCCCCUCCACCGUUCCGCUCUCUUUUCUUCCUUAUCGAUUCGCUUCUCCUCAUUUGACCGCCGUGUUUUACCUUCAACCGAUAGAUAUAGACCAGAAGAAGAAGAAGAAGAAGAAGAAGAAGAGAAAAAAGAAAGGCGCCAAGCAUCAAGAAUUAUAAUUCUUGAUCGAUCACAUUGGUAUUAUGUAUGGGUCAUAUGAAUUAUAUGUCGUCUACCCAACCCAAAAGUUAGCGGUCUGACUCCUCCCUCCAAUUCCACCACCAUGACCUCAAAAUCGCGUUCCAACACCGCUGUUUCCUCCCUUGUUUCCAUUCAAACUUCGAGGCUUCUUCGCAGUCAUAGAGGCGGAAGAAGAGAAGGAGAACACCAUAUAAAACUCCUCCCUGCCUAACCCUUCUUCCUUGUUCAUCUAUCUUUCUCUUCUCUAUCAUCUCAUUCUCAUUGGCUUGAUGCGGCUCCAACUAUGAGGAUGAGUUGGCUUUUCCUCUUCUGCUGUCUUCUCCAAGCUUUUUCCUCUUCAGCUUCUCUGUAUAACUGGACUUCUUCGGCGCUGCUCGGAUCUCUGGUCCGGGGGAUCGAAUUACCCGCACACUUGAGCUUUAACGCCGUCACCUCCUCCGGCGAGCCCAGCUGCGACCACCACCUCGACGCCGCCGCCUCUUCCACCGGAUCGCUGACCAAGGAGGAUGGCGUGGCACCGGCUUUAAAGCUCCACUUGAAGCACCGGUCGACGAGGGACGCCGCGGCCGCUGAGAGGUCGACGAAGAUGGAGUUUUUGGAGCAUUCCACCCAUAGAGACAUCCUCAGAAUCCAUACCCUCUUCAGAAGGGUCACCGAGCGCAAGAACCAAGACGGCUUCUCCCGCCUCGCCACCGCCGCCGCCGGUCGUCACCCCAAGACGAUCCAGAAGGCGGCUGUCGCGACGCCUCCGGAGCUCACCGGGAGGAUCAUGGCCAAGGUCGAGUCCGGUGUCACCCUGGGCUCCGGUGAGUACUUCAUCGACGUCUUCGUCGGCACCCCGCCGCGCCGCUUCUCCCUCAUCCUCGACACCGGCAGCGACCUGAAUUGGAUCCAGUGCCUCCCUUGCCACGACUGCUUCGAGCAGCACGGCCCCGUCUACGACCCCGCCGCCUCCUCUUCCUACCGCAACAUCAGCUGCGCCGACCCACGCUGCGGCCUCGUCUCGUCCCCCGACCCACCCCGGCCCUGCGGCACCAGCGUCGCCGACGGCCGCGGCGACGCGUGCCCCUACUACUACUGGUACGGGGACCGGUCCAAUACGACCGGCGACCUCGCUCUCGAGACCUUCACCGUGAACCUCACCUCCCCGGAUGGCGCCGGCGACGGGUUCCGCCGCGUGGACGACGUCAUCUUCGGGUGCGGGCACUGGAACCGCGGGCUGUUCCAUGGCGCUGCCGGGCUCCUGGGCCUCGGCAGAGGGCCGCUCUCCUUCUCCUCCCAGCUCGGUUCGUCCUACGGCCACACCUUCUCCUACUGCCUCGUCGACCGGAACAGUGACCUCAGCGUCAGCAGCAAGCUCAUCUUCGGCGACGACGAGAGCCUGCUCCGCCACCCCGACCUGAACUAUACCUCCUUCGUCGGCGGGAAGGAGAACCCGGCCGACACCUUCUACUACAUCCAGAUUGAGUCGAUUGUGGUGGGCGGCGAGGCGCUGCAGAUACCACGGGAGACGUGGGAGCCGGCGAAGGACGGCAGCGGAGGGACCAUCAUCGACUCCGGCACGACGCUGAGCUACUUCACCGACCCGGCUUAUCAGAAGAUUAGAGAAGCCUUCGUCAAGAAGGUGACCAAGUACCCGGUGGUGGAAGACGUCCCGGUGCUGAGCCCCUGUUACAACGUGACCGGGGUGGCGAAGGUGGAGCUACCGGCACUGGCGAUCCGGUUCGGAGACGGGGCGGUGUGGAACUUCCCGGUGGAGAACUACUUCAUCCGGCUGGAGCCGGACGAGAUCAUGUGCCUGGCCAUCCUGCCGACGCCGCAGUCGUCCCUCUCCAUUCUGGGCAAUUACCAGCAGCAGAACUUCCACAUCUCCUACGACACGAAGAACUCCCGGCUGGGAUUUGCGCCGGCGAGGUGCGCCGAGAUGUAAAGAACCUAAUCGAUGGGUUGUAGGAGUAGAGGGUUCUCAAACUCUUCUUCAUACCAAAUUCUUCGGUUCCUCCACCACAAGUGUAAGAAACUAAAUCCAAAGCCUGUGUUGUUCUUUUGCUUUCUA